AUGAGGAGCUGUUACACGAAAUCGGUGUCGUGUGUCGAUUGUGGCAAAGACUUCACAUAUGACUACAAUCUUCACACUCAGUGUGUAUCUGAAGACCAAAAAUAUGGAGGUCUUGACUAUCAACCGAAGGCCAACUCAAAUAAAGGUCAACAGAAACAGGAGGAAUGGAUUCAGAAAGUGAAGAAAGCGAUCAUCGAGUCGACGGCAACCAAACAUAUCAAGGAUUUGAUGCAAAGACUCAUCGCUUAUGACAACAUUCCUCGAAAGCGACAGAAAUUCAUAAAUUUUGUCAGAAAUAGUCUUCGGAUCACAAAUGACUAUUACGGACAACAGAUGUGGGAGAUCUUCGAAAUGUCCAUCAAAUGUGAACAAAACGAUAAACAAAACCAAAACAAUGAAACCGAGGGUUCAAUGAAUGGUAACAAAAGAAGUUCAAAUGAUUCAGAAUCUGUUGCCUCUAAGAGAUUGAGACAAAGUGAUGACAAUAAUGGUUAUAACAUUGAGAACCAAUCGCUACAACAGAAUGCCUUUGAAUCACAAGAAGUACAGGAAAAUGGUUUGGAGGACACGAACAUUGAGUGCAAAUUAAAUAUGAAUAAAAUAAUUGUCGAAAUUCUACACAAUUCACAGAAUAAUGAGUUGACUCUUAAGAAACUCAAGAAAAAAGUCCUCAAGAAAUACAAAUCAAAUGAUGAUAAUUGCGACAAACAGAAAGUUAUCGACAGAUUUGAGCGAAAGGUCUCUAAGAAUAAGAAAGUAGUUAUAAAUGAAGGCAUAGUUAAUCUUGAAGCCCUCCAGUUCUUAGAAGCGGAUACAAUCCGAGUGGAUACCACUUGCGACCAUCACUUCCAGUGA